AUGAGUGGAAGCAAGGAGGGGACAUCCUCUCACUUCUGCUUUUUACUGCACAAAAUCUUCUCCGGGGAUUUUAUGAAGCAAUACGUCAGCUUGCUUGAGUUGGUUGAUUGUAAACAUGGAAAGGUGGAUUCUUAUCAUCCUGGUCAUAAUGCCAGGUGUCUGGAGUGGGGACUGGGGGGUGACCUUGAAAAGUCAGUGUGCUUUAAAAGGGACAUCAGUGGUUUUAAAGUGCAAGUAUGAUUAUCCUAGCGGCCAUUUCGUCACUUCAGUUGGCUGGUAUAAAGCCCGAUAUGUGUCUGGCGUGGGGAGGUUGUAUCCUGUGAGAGACCCCCCUUCAUCCCCAGGCCACUUUAGAUAUGCAGGCAAUCGCUGGAGUGACUGCAGUCUGGAGAUCAAUGAUGUACAACACACUGAUGAGGGACAGUACUAUUUCGAAUUUGAGACAACGUUCAACAGAUGGAUGAGUAGAACAUACUCACACUUGUCUGUAAAAGGGUUGACCGCUCAUGCACAGCCAGGCACUGUGACAGAGGGGGCCGAUGUCAGUCUGACGUGUGAGUCAGGCUGUGAUACACCUGUAAACAUAGUCUGGUUCAAAGAUGGUUUACCUGCACGAAAUCCAGUCUUCCAGGCCAGAAGAGAGGAUGCCGGGCAGUACCACUGUGCCAUUCUGGGGCAAGAGAGCGUCAGGUCUGCCUCCGUGGCUCUGAAUGUUCACUACGCUCCAGAGAAAGUCACACUGUCGAUGAAUCCAUCAGGAGACAUCGUCAAAGGAAGUUCGAUAACUUUCUCCUGCAGCAGUGAUGCCAGCCCACCUGUGACGCAAAGAGGAUACAGUCUGUAUAAAGACGGACACUUUGUCAGGUCCGGACAGAGUCACGCCAUCUCCGACGUCCAGCCCAGCCACAGCGGAAUGUACUACUGUCAGGCCUGGAACAAUAUCAGCAGGAGGGGCAACGACCUCAUGAAGUCUGCUGAGGUUCACCUUGAUGUCCAGUACCAGCCAAUGAACAUCUCUGUCUCAAUGGGUCCAUCGAAUGUUGUUGCGGGCAGCAGUGUGAAUCUGACCUGCAGUGGUGCUGCUAACCCUGCAGCAGAAUCCUACACCUGGUACAGGAGAACAGCUUCCUCAAGAUCCAUGCUUCAGGUGGGGUCAGGACAGGUGCUGUCUAUCCCCUCCAUGGAGGCGUCCCACACUGGACUCUACAGCUGCCAGGCCAGGAACCAACUGGGAGAAAGCAACUCAACUGAGGUGCUGCUGACCAUGAGGGAGGAACAGCGUGGUUGGUGUCACUUUACUGUCAAAAACAAUGAUUUGUUCAUCUGGAACUUUAAAUCUAUCAUCUUCAUUUUGUAUUUAAAGUGGCAUAAGUGCUCAUUUUCCCAGUCUAAUCACACAGUCUGUUUGUCCUCAGGCAGCCAGUCCCUCCCAAUCACAGCUGGAAUUGGAGUCUCUCUUUUUGUGACACUUGUGUUAGCUCUUCUUUUGCUCUGGAGAAAACAGAGAACCCAUGCAGAGAAAAAAAAGACUGUGUCUGACUCCAGGCUCAGUGGGAGAGGCACGACCUCAACAGCCACUGAAGAUCAAUCCGACAGUGUUUACGUCAACAUCCACACGUUCCCAUCCUCUCCUCCACCAGCCACUGACGUUACUCCUCACAAUGCAAUUAUGGCGCCAGUGUCCUGUGAAGAUGAGGUUACCUACUCAACAGUGACCAUCAAACCCAGAAACCCCCCUCCUCCUCAUCAUGGAGACAGAGCGCUACAGGGCUCCGGGUCUAAAGCCAGAGAGAAUGACGAGUCUGUGAUCUAUGCUACAGUGGCUAAAUCCAGGUGAUGGAAACCUUUAACUCCUUUGAGUGCACUCCCAUCACAGUCAAGAUGAGUCUUGAUGAGUCAUUCAGUCAGCUGAAUGCCAUGUGGCAUGUUCCUCUCAAGGUACUUUUGAAUCAUACAGCAGGUGCAAUAGUGCUAAAACAAUCUUCUUUCAUAAGUCUGGUUUAUUCUUUGUAUUUAUUAUGUUAAUGUAUAGUAUUGUGUCUUUUUGUAUUCAUAUUUAGUUUUGUACAGUUCUCUUACUCAAUACCAAUUUAGGUAUUGAUAUUUUGCUAAACUACAGGGAUUGUUGGGAAAAGUCUUUCUUUGUGUUGUACCUAUAUGUUGUAUACCAUGUUAUUCUUGACCGCAUUCUGUACAGUUUACUAUUAGGACAAAUAAAUGUGAUAUUGUUACACAA